AUGAUAUCAGGCCUCGGGAGACGACUCGACGACAUCGAUAACACCGGAGUGAUUGUGAUGUCGAUGGAACCGGGGCGAUGGAGGCGACGCCAUGACGACGGAGACGACGCCAGGACGCCAGGACGACGCCUGGACGACGGAGGCGACGCCAGGACGACGGAGACGACGCCAGGACGACGGAGACGCCAGGACGACGGAGACGACGCCAGGACGACGGAGACGACGCCUGGACGACGGAGGCGACGCCAGGACAACGGAGAAGACGCCAGGACGCCAGGACGACGCCUGGACGACGGAGGCGACGCCAGGACGACGGAGACGACGCCAGGACGACGGAGACGACGCCAGGACGACGGAGACGACGCCAGGACGACGGAGACGACGCCAGGACGACGCCUGGACGACGGAGACGACGCCAUGACGACGGAGACGACGCCAGGACGCCAGGACGACGCCUGGACGACGGAGGCGACGCCAGGACGACGGAGACGACGCCAGGACGACGGAGACGACGCCAGGACGACGGAGACGACGCCAGGACGACGGAGACGACGCCUGGACGACGGAGGCGACGCCAGGACAACGGAGACGACGCCAGGACGACGCCUGGACGACGGAGGCGACGCCAGGACGACGGAGACGACGCCAGGACGACGGAGACGACGCCUGGACGACGGAGACGACGCCAGGACGACGGAGACGACGCCCGGACACCAGGACGACGGAAACGACGCCAGGACGACGGAGACGACGACAGGACGACGGAGACAACGCCAGGACGACGGAGACGACGCCAGGACGACGGAGACGACGCCAGGACGACGGAGACGACGCCAGGACGACGGAGACGACGCCAGGACGACGGAGACGACGCCAGGACGACGGAGACGACGCCAGGACGACGCCUGGACGACGGAGACGACGCCAGGACACCAGGACGACGGAAACGACGCCAGGACGACGGAGACGACGCCAGGACGACGGAGACAACGCCAGGACGACGGAGACGACGCCAGGACGACGGAGACGACGCCAGGACGACGAAGACGACGCCUGGACAACAGAGACUACCCCAGGACGACAGAGACGACGCCAGGAAGACGGAGACGACGCCAGGACGACGCUAAGAAGCGACGCCCGCUGUUCAAUUAUUGUAACGCCAGGCAAAGUUACCAAAUUGUCCUGUGUAGAGAAGUUGGCGCUUGGGACGGCUGGAAAGGUUUUGUAACUGGAAUGCGUUAA